AUGGAAGAAUCUGGUAAGCCCAAUUUGUCCGAUCAUUUCCCCGUGUUGAAAAGGAUUGAUCCUCAAGGGAUAAGGCGACGCAUAGGCAAGCAUUCUGAUAAGUUGCUACAGCUGAUUGGGGGAUUGAUCGAUGAACGAUUGGAGCAAAGGAGGAAAUCACCAAAUGACAGUAGAACAGAUUUUCUUGAAGUUAUGUUGAAUACUAGACCUUUUCAUUGCGGGAACGGAUACAACGGGCCAAAAAUGAAAGCAAUCGAAGGAAGGGGUAGAGCAUGUACAUUAUUAGACUGGGCAAUGGUAGAGGUCAUGAGAAAACCAUACAUAAAGAAGAAAGCUAAAACCGACUUUGCAGAUGUUAUUGGCAAAGGCAAGAUAAUCAAAGAAGCCGAUAUUGUUCGUCUCCCUUAUUUGCAGUGCAUAGUGAAAGAAACCUUGCGGAUGCAUCCUCCAGUACCCUUUUUGAUUCGCAAGGUUGAUCAAGACGUCGAGGCGUGCGGCUAUUUUGUCCUGGAAGACUCUCAGGUGUUAGUGAACGUAUGGUCAAUAGGCCGUGAUCCAGCUACAUGGGAGGAUCCUCUCACAUUUAAGCCUGAGAGAUUUUGGAAUUUGAAAAUGGAUGUUAGUGGCCAAAAUUUUGAACUCAUUCCAUUUGGUGCUGGUCGAAGAAUUUGCCCGGGAUUAACUUUAGCAACAGCGAAAUUAUCUACAAUUUUGGGCUCAUUGUUGAAUUUAUUUGAUUGGAAAGCUGAAGGUGAUAUUGCAGCAGAAUUUUUGGAUGUUGAAGAAAAGUAUGGCAUUACACUUGCGAGAUUGCGUCCAUUACGAGCUCUCCCUAUUUCGCUUUAA